AUGAGCAUACAGUUUGAACUUGUUGAUGCCAUACAUAAGUAUGCUUUAGAAAGCGUUGCUAAUAAAGCUCAAAAAUGGGUAAAACAUCAGUCUGGUAGUUCUACAAGAAAAGUUCAGUUGAUUCUCAAGAACUUAUUGCAGUCAUGUGUCACUAAAACAUUAGCUAAGUGGAAAAAAACAGGUAGCACAUUAGAUAAAAUUAGAUACAGAAGACCCAGAAAAACAACUAACACUGAUGAAAAUAGUAUAUACAAAAUUGCCAGAAAAAAUACUAAGUAUAGUGCCAAACAAAUUGCUCAAGAAAUAAAUCUAGCUCUUAAAAACGAUAUCUCAAGACAGACAGUAUAUAGAAGAUUAUUUGAUCGUAAUCUAUGCUCGUAUACUACUGCUAGAAAACUAAUGCCUAAAAGAUUAGAUUUUUUCAAACGGCUAUAA